AUGGUGACGCUGAGAUCCAAUGAUGAGCAUCCAGGGGAGAUCUUGGAAAAAUACCUGAAGACAAGCCACAGAGGUGACUACGGUGACACCGUGUCACUGCUGGCCACUGGGAACAGAACUAACUCCACCUUCUACAGGCAGGUUGGAGAAUUUGAUAGGUGGCUCGGGCUAGGAGGGAAGUCUCCCAUUCCCACCCGCGAUGAAGCCGGGCGAGGGGCCAGAUGCUCCAUCCCGGCACCGACUGGCACAAAGCCAACGCUGCCCUCCCUCCAUCCCGCCUACCCGGCCACUCCCACCCGGGCCAGUUACCGGCUGCAAGCAGACCCUUCCGGCCGCCACACCUGCGGAGAAGGCGCGCUCGGGGCACGCCGCCGGAAGCCGAGUUGCCGCCCCGGAAACGGAAGUCAGGCCUUGGGAGUCAUGGUUCUCCCGCGCUCGGGGAGGGCGCGUGGUGAGACGAGGGUGCGCAUAACGCUGUGCGCAGUUGGCUGCACUCUGAACCGGAACAGGAAGAGCUGCCGGCGGGUCACCUGCCCUGAGAAAAGACUGCAGAAACAUUUGACUGCAGCAAGCAUCAGGACAAGGAAGGAAGAUUCCCACACAUGCCAAAGUACUCCAGUGGCAACCUACAACCUACUUGUGGGAGCAAAACUCGGUCUGAAUAAUAUUCCAUCUGUGCUGAUGUCCGAGGCUCCUGUUACCAUCAAAGGCCAUGCAGACGCCUUAGAUUGAGGGCUAUGUUGGUGUCUGAGGCCACACUGCUGCUGGGGCCUGUGCCGAUCUGAGUGGCCUGCACUGCCACCUGGGGCAGUGGUAACAUCCAGACCCAGCUGCUGCUGAGGACCAUGUCUGGGUCCAUGGUCCUACCACAGCUGGGGUCUGUGCUGAAGUCCAGGUCCCAUAUUUCCACCAAAGGUCACAUAAAAGCCCAGGGUUGGGGCUGAAACCUGAGGCCUCAGUGGUGUCUGGUGGCCAUUUCUUUUACCCAGAACCAGGAUGACGUCCUGGCCCAAGCUGAUAACCGAGGGCCAUGUCUGGGUCUGUGGUCCAGCUGCAGCUGGGGUCUGUGUUCAUGUCUGUGGCCCGUGUCACCUCAGGAGGUCUUAGGAACCAUGCAAGAUGAAAUCAGAGGGCCAUGCUGAGCAGGCCUUGCCCUUCGCUGGCCCUGGGAAAGCUGGCCUAGACUCUUGCUGGACACUACCACAAAAGAGCUGGUCCCUGCACUCCGGAGAGAUGGCCCACCCCUCACCACAGGUGAGGGUGAACUGACCCUGAGGACAUGGACCUAGGGGAGCUGACUCCACCCACUUGCCUGAGGUGGGUGGCCCCAGUGGCCCGGACUGACCAGCUUGGCUUCCACCCAGGCCUGCAGUCGGGCUUUGGGUUGGCCCACCCUAGCAUCUACCCCAUCCAAGACUUGCUGAAGCUUGUGAAGGGACUGGUCCUGUGGAACAAUACCCACAGAUCUCCGUGACUCGAAGCAGCCAAGGGAUACCCCAGAGAAGUUCCGGUGAGGAUCCAGAGAUGAUGGUGUACCAGAAACCAGAGGCCUUGAACCAGACCAGUGACUCAUUCAAUGAACAGUUGCCAGUAAAGCUGAUUGGACAAAAGGGUAGACAGUGUGAGGCCCUCAGUGCUACCAGGACUAAUGAUGAGGUGUUGGAGAGGCCAGAAAGAAAGGGAAGCAGGAGGUUUGUUGUUGUUGUUGUUGUUUUGUCUUUGUUUGUUUGCUUGCUUAC